AUGCUGGAUAACGAGUACAGGAAUAUUUUCGCCUCAUCAGGCCUUCGGCGUGACCUGGCACUGCUCGAAAAUCAAAUCCCUUUCUUCGUGCUUGAACGCCUGUUCAAAGUCAUCCGUCAUAACAUAGCACUGCCAACCAAUAUAGAAGGUUUCUCUCUCCCUGAAAUUGCAUUCGCCCUCUUCAAAAGUGACUUCAAUUGUCAUCAUGAGUUCUUCAGAAUAGGAACUGCAAAUGAGCAUCCACAUUAUAGGCAUCUGCUUGAUCUCAUAUCAAACUACGCUCAUCCUACUUCACGUCACCCUGAUCUCCCUCCUCUUCCUCCUAUGUCCCAACUGUCACCCAUAGUGCACAUGCGUAAUGCUAAGAAACUGAGUGAAGCAGGAAUACGUUUUGAGAAGGCAGGGAAGAGCAUGUUGCUGGAUAUGGAAUUCUGCAAUGGAGUCUUCCGUAUCCCACCAUUGGUGAUCAACGAGUGCACUGAAUCACUGUUGAGCAAUCUCAUGGCUUUUGAGCAUAGCUCCUGUAAUCCCGAAGAUGCAGCCAACUCACAUGAGUACUUUGCAUCUUACGUGUUCCUGAUGGAGCGCCUAGUCAGCCACAAAGAAGACCUUGAUAUAAUGGAAAGCAAAGGAAUCAUAAUCAAUCAGAUGGGUGGUAGGGAGGAUGCCUAUAAGAUCUUCUACAACAUAAGCCAGAACUUUGUAUUGAAGAAUUUCUAUUUCGCUGAGUUAUGCAGCAGAAUUGAAGCCCAAUGUGAGUCUCGUAAGCAUCGAUACUUGCUGGAGUUGAGAAAGAAACACCUCAAGAAUCCAUGGACGACCUUAUCAGUGGUUGGCGGUACUAUACUCCUCAUCUUCACUGCCAUCCAGACUAUCUACACCGUUCUCAGUUACUCGCAGCGCUAG